UAACGAUCAACUUCACUUUGGUGUGGAAGCAUGUAAAUGAUGUAUCAAUGAAGAAUACGGAUUAACAAGUGAUGAGAGUGAAUAAAACAUUACAGUGAAACGAUAGAUUAAGCAAGCGUAAGAAAUGACAAUAAUCUCGACUGAUAAUUUGUUGCAUGAGGCUGAUCGAAAGUGCCCACACUGAUUCUGCUGAUUAGGUUAGGUUAACGAACAUUCUACACGUGUUUUCGUAAAUAUUUCAAAUCAUGUCGUUCCAUUACGAAAGAAGGAAUACAAGAGACGGGAAGGAAAAUAUGGAGGACAUCACGUCAGACUUUGCAUGCUUUAAGAUAUCUGCUCUGAAGAAAGCAGCGUGUAUUCCGAUGGCAGAGAUAAAAAAUGUAACACUCGGACCUCAGUCUAUGGUGAAUAAAAGUGAUACUAAUGAUAAGCUGGAAAAUAGUCAGGAUGAGCAGAAUUCCUGUAAUAUCAAGAAUCUGCAGAAGAACAAUGCGAGUCCUAAAUAUCAUACAAUAUCAACUUCAAAUGGUAUAUCCUUCUCAGUCAAGAAGAUCAUUCAAGAAAGUGAGCUGCAAAGAAAAGAAGAAGUUAGAAAGAAGAUGGAGCACCGCAUCCAACGUAUGAAUGAAAACAGUCUUGCCAUCAAAGAAGAAAUGGAGAAGUUGCGUAUGUUGAUGGCACACGAACGCGAACGCAGAAACGCGGAGAACUCGGCGCAUAUCCUGGCUGAAGAAGAGCGUAUUGCCAAGGAGGAAGAGAUGAAAAGGCGACACGAACAGCAGUUACAUGCACAGCGCGUUCAGGAGCAAAAAGAGAGGUUGGAGCGUGAAAUGGAGGAAUACAGAAAACGGAUGAAAGAGAAAGAAGAAUUGAUGAAAGCUAUAGUGAUUCAGCGUGGUCACUUCACAGCUAAAUAUUGUGAUAUUGUAUCGUUAUCUAAGACUUGCAAGGAUAAGCAUGCUUUAAAUGUAUUCCUCGCAUCAAACGGAGCAAGGAUCAAAGAAUUCUGCCAACAAAUUGAGGCUAUAGACGAAAAAAUCAGAAACGGAGACGUCAUAGCUACAGAUGUGAAUUCUAUUGAAGUUUUGGUUCGUCACAUUGAAGACAUGCUAAGUUUAUUUCGAAUGGAGAUGGAAAGAGCAGACGCUCAAUACGAAGCGGAGUUGGCUCGAAAAUCGCAAAUUGAUAACGAGAUUCAAGCUCCGGUCGCGCAGACUGAAAGUACAACGGUCGACAGAGUGGCAUCUCUUCAGCAGCCUGCUGAAAGCUGCGAUACUGUGGAAAAAGAGAGCGUCAAUGCGACAACGAGUCAGGAAUUAACUGUAGCUGCCUCACCAAGCGUUACUAACGCGCCGAUUGAACCGUCCGAUCCUAAGCCGGAAGAAGCGUCUAAGGAUUCCGCAGAAGACAGUCCUUAUGAAUAUGUCGACUACGAGUCAUUGAGUAUUUAUGACAGAAGCCGGCAAUUUCUAGCCGCUUAUAAACAGAGUUAUGUAGAUUUCCUACAAUCGCCCGAUACAAAAAAAUUCCGCUUCGAGUGCCAGAAAGCGAUUAAUAUUCCGGUGAAUGCGAUUGCCGGCACUAGUGAGCAGCAUUUGAGAGAUAAAUACGAGAGGCUGCAGAGUCUUUUAAUUGGGAAAUCGGCCCCCAAUGUGACACAGCAUCCGCAAGGAAUGGCUUUCUGCAAGGAUUAUCUAGCGACAAAGAUAGUGAACCAAGGCGAAACGCUGGUAUCUAGCAAACCGGAAAUGGCCUUUCCUAUCGCGGCUAUAAUAGUCGCUCUCUGGAACGAGCAUAACGAUUUCGGUGAGCUGGUCCUGGCGCAUCUACAUGAAGCGUGCCCUUUCGUUGUACCAAUCUUCCCGUUGCGGCAAGAGGGCCAGUCAAAUGAGGACUAUUACAAGUCCCUUGGCUGCAAAUAUAUCGAGGACGGUACCUUCGAGAAGCAGGAUAAGUACUUGAAGCGAAUGUCGGGCUUGAUGAGACUUUACGUGUCGAUUACCGUCACUGGGCAGAGAAAAGGCGUCACCAAGACUCAUCCUCAUGGUCUCCAGUACGCCUGGCGAUGGUUAGCAGCUGUCUUGAAUAUCGAACCAAGGGCCGACACGUGCGAUCUGUGCGCUACUUUGAUACUGGACAUGCUUGAGGUAGCCGGGAACGUGCUGUGGAGUGCUUAUCCAAGUCAGUUUCGCAAGUUAUUGGUACUAUUAGCGGGACAAUAUUAUCCCCGUAUGCAGAACAUAAUGGGCACCGGUGGUGGACCUCUGAUGCGGUUAGAGGAGUUCCUAACCGAUGCUUUGACGAAGGGCACUAUUCGUCACGCCGACGGAAUGCUUCCACCUAGCUUCUGGUGAUCUCGUCUUGCGAAAUAUUACCUAGUAUAUGACGACUUAAACACAAGUUAUACAUUUCAACGUCUCUAGUAAGCCAUAUAGGAACGUUUCGAAUUACUUUGAAUGUUAUUCUAGCAAUGCUUGAAGAUGUCGAUUAUCAAUUAUGCUCUAGCAACAUGACAGAAUUGAGAAGAAUGAAGGAGAGAGAAUUGAUAUUUUGAAAUUUACCUUAGUGGAGUAUCAUUGUUAUUUAACGCUGUCUUUUUCGGCAAAUUGUACAAUUUACAAAGCGAUUUUGAUAAUAUAUAUUUUACGUAUUGCGAGGCGUGAAGAAACAGAGCGGGCAUGCUCAUCAGAGGAUAUGAAAUCGGGGAACGAGGGAUAGAUAGAUAGAUGGAAAGAGCGAAAAACGCUUUUCAAAUUAGAUUGUAUAUAUAUAUAUAUGUGUGUGUAUAAGUCGACGAUGAAUUUACAAAUCAUUAUUUAUAGGAAAAAAUAUCGAUACUUUAUAAUAAUCCAAGAUUUAUUCUAUGUCACAUUUUUCCGUAAAAGACAGUCUUUUGUUUAAAAGAUUGGAGACGUUGAUCAUGUCGAAUUGGAAUGCUGGUCGUUGGUUGGCGAGUUCUGCAAACGGACGAAAGUCCCACCGACCAUUGGUCCCAAUUACGGCCGAUGAAGACUUCGACCGGACGCAUCGCUCGCUCUAAGGAUCAUCAUCGAAUCCAUGACGAGUCAUCCGAUUUCUUCUGAGAACUUUGUCGGCUUUUUUUCAGUUUAUACAAGCCGUAUAGUCGAAGUUUCGUCUUCGAACAUCGGCAAACUUAAGAACGGUGUCGGAUUUUUAGUUUAGUAAUUUAAGUAAGGAGCGCCGAAUGCGAUAUGAAUUUAAGCGAACGGGCAUCGAUCUUGAGAGAGAGAGAGAGAGAGAGAGAGAGAGAGAGAAAGAA